GCUGUCGGCCCGGGGGAGGAAGCUGGGGCCGGGUGCGAGAGCUGCAGGUUGCCACCAUGAGGCUGAAUCAGAACAUCUUGCUGCUGGGGAAGAAGGUGGUGCUGGUCCCCUAUACCUCAGAGCAUGUGCCCAGCUUCCUUUUUGGCCUUUCAGCAAGGAAUUCCUUUAUGUAAACUACAUGUGGGUAAGGAAGAAAAGGUACCACGAGUGGAUGAAAUCAGAGGAGCUGCAGCGUUUGACGGCCUCGGAGCCACUGACCCUGGAGCAGGAGUACGCGAUGCAGCGCAGCUGGCGGGACGACGCAGACAAGUGUACCUUCAUUGUGCUGGAUGCAGCGAAGCGGCAGGCCCAGCCAGGCCCCAGCGAGGAGAGCUGCAUGGCGGGAGAUGUGAACCUCUUCCUCACGGAUCCCGGGGACCCCUCCUUGGGGGAGAUCGAGGUCAUGAUUGCAGAGCCCAGCUGCAGGGGCCAGGGCCUGGGCACAGAGGCCGUCCUCAUGAUGCUGCUUUACGGAGUGACCAGGCUAGGUCUGACCAAGUUUGAGGCUAAAAUUGGGCAAGGAAAUGAGCCGAGCAUCCGGAUGUUCCGAAAGCUUCACUUUGAGCAGGUGGCUGUGAGCAGUGUCUUCCAGGAGGUGACGCUCAGACUGAUGAUGAGUGAGCCGGAGCGGCAGUGGCUUCUAGAGCAGACCAGCCACGUGCAAGAGAAGCCCUACAGAGAGGGGACAUCGGAGCCCUGCUGACAGCCGGCCGCAUGGACAGGCCUCCUUGUUUGGAUGGGCGUGGAAGCCCGGAGCCCUGCUGCAGGUGAACGGAUGGAGCCUGGGGCACGAGGCACACUGGCCCCGCUCCAGGCUGGGAAUCUCCUUGUGGGGCCCCUCAGACUCUGGGCCGGACUUGGCCUUGGCCUCCCUCUGGCUGGCUGCUAUGGCUGGGCUACUCCAGGGUCAGCCCGUCCUCCUGCCAAACCUGGACUCAGACUAGAGUGGAUGGCCUGAGUCCACAGGUGGAGGAGGCAGGUAGAGGCAGAGCUGCGGACCCGGGGGGCCUGUGACUGCGUGGGGCCUCCCUUUCCCCCGGAGGGGCUGCCCAGUCUCGGGCCGGGAGUAAAGCGCACUGCAUGCA